UCACGUGUACCUUGUAUGUUAAUUGAGCUUUGAUAACAUUUUAUGUUAUCAAACUUGAAUAUUUCGUAGACGGAAAUAGUUUUUUUAUUUUUAUUUUUUUAGCAGUAUUGUAUUAAGUAUUUACCUGAAGAAUUAUAUACCUGUCUAUCGGAUAAUGAGAUACUUUGUAUCCCUAAAGAAUCAUUAAAAGUAAAUAGCAAGUAAAAAAAAUUAAAGUGGGAGAUAUCUUUGAAUGACGGUUGGCUAUAUCAGUUGAAUAUACAUUUCAACAACCUCAGUAUAGCGGUAAUUUCUCAACUCUAAACUAACUCAAUUACAUUUGAUAAAUUUAUUUAUUUUUUUUAUACAUUUACCAAAUUUAAUAACGGAAGUUUAUAUAAGCAAAAAACUUGAUAAAUAAAAGUCUAAUAAUGCGAGUAACAAGUGGAUUGCACAGUGAAGUUAAAAAAUAAAAUAAAACAUAUUUUUAUUAUUAUUUAAUAUAAAAAUAUAAUAAAAUAAAUAUGUCGAGUAACGAGAGAUCUAAUUAUAAUAUAAACAUAAAUAAUCAAAUAACAAAUAAUUUAACAAAUCAACAACAAACAAAUAAUUUAUCAAAAAUAAAAAAUAAAACAAGAAAAGAUGUUGAUUUUGAUGAUUUAUUACCUUAUAUUGGUGAAUUUAAUCGUUAUCAAAAAAUAUUAUUUCUUUUGAUGAUACCAUUUGCAUUUUUUGUUGCUUGGGUUUAUUUUAGUCAAAUAUUUAUUACACUUAUACCAGAAGAGCAUUGGUGUAAAGUACCAGCAUUAGAAAAUUUAACUGUUGAACAAAGAGUUGCAUUGUCAAUACCAGUAACAGAUGAUAAAAUAACUGGUAACCGUCCAAAUUACGCAAAAUGUUUAAUGUAUGACAUUGAUUAUUCAGAAUUAUUAAAAAAUAAUACAGCACCAAUUGCUGAUCCAUCAUGGCCAACUAAAAAAUGUCAAUUUGGCUGGGAGUAUAAUUUUACUGAUAUACCAUAUCAGACAGUUGCAACAGAGAAUAAUUGGGUAUGUGAAGAUUCAGCACUACCAACAAUAGCACAAAGUAUUUUUUUCAUUGGUGCAAUAUUUGGUGGUUUAAUAUUUGGCUGGAUUGCUGAUCGUCAUGGAAGAAUACCAGCACUUGUUGGAUGUAAUAUUGUUGGAUGUAUUGCUGGUAUUUCAACAGCAUUUACAAAUAAUUUUUGGCAAUUUAUUAUUUGUCGUUUUUUUGUUGGUUUUGCAUUUGAUAAUUGUUUUACAAUGAUGUAUAUACUCGUACUUGAAUAUGUUGGACCAAAGUGGCGAACAUUUGUUGCAAAUAUGUCAAUUGCAAUUUUCUUUACAUUUGCUGCAUGUGUAUUACCUUGGAUUGCUUAUUUCCUUGCUGAUUGGAGAUAUACAGUUAUUGCAACAUCAUUACCAUUGGCAUUGGCAUUAUUAACACCAUUAUUCGUACCUGAAAGUGCCAGGUGGCUUGUUAGUAUGGGUAAAAUUGAUAAAGCUAUUGAAAUAUUACAUAAAUUUGAAAGAAUAAAUGGCACAAAAGUACCUGAUAAUAUAAUGCAAGAUUUUAAAGAUACAUGUGAAGAGGCAAUUAAAAAUGAAAAAGAAAAUUCAACAUACUCAGUAAUAAGUCUAUUUAAAAGUCCUCGUUUACGUAAAAUAACAAUAUUAUUGAUUCUCAUUUGGAUGGCAAUAUCAUUGGUAUUUGAUGGACACGUUAGAAAUGUUGAUAAUCUUGGUUUAAAUGUAUUUAUAACAUUUACAGUUGCUGCAGCAACUGAAUUACCAGCUGAUACAUUUUUAACAAUGGUACUUGAUAGAUGGGGAAGAAGAUGGCUUGCUUGUGGAUCAAUGGUUAUAUCUGGUGUAUUUAGUAUUUGGGCAUGUGCUGUAUCAGAUAAUAUUUAUUCAGCAAGUUUAGCAAUAAUGGGAAGAUUUUGUGUUAAUAUAUCUUAUAAUAUUGGUCUUCAAUAUGCUGCUGAGCUAUUACCAACAGUUGUACGUGCUCAAGGUGUUGCAUUAAUUCAUACAAUGGGAUAUGUUGCAAGUAUUGCAGCACCAUUUGUUGUAUAUCUUGGUGGAAUACAGCCAAUACUUCCACUUUUAUUACUUGGUAUAUUUGGAAUACUUGGAGGUGGUUUAUCAUUAUUUUUACCAGAAACAUUGGACAAGGUAUUACCACAAACACUUCAAGAUGGUGAAGAUUUUGGCAAAGAUCAGGGCUUAUGGGAUAUGCCAUGUUUCAUGAAAAAAAUUGAUGAUGAAGAGAAACCUGAGAUUAUUAGAUCAUACAGGUCAGACAGUAUUCAAAGAUCUUUGCGUGGAUCAUUACGUGGUGAAACAAUGAGAAGCAGUAUGAUCAUUCGUAAUAGUAUUAGAUCUCGUGUUAAUGGAAGUGGCAAUACACCUGUUGAGGUUGUUAGACUGUGAUUAAAUAGAUGAAAAAAAUUAAUUAUUUAUCAUUGCAAAAAUAACAUCAGUCUUAUGAAUUUAUUAAAUAUUUUUUUGGGAUAUUUUAAAUGCAAAAUUUUGAUAGAUCAUAUAGCAGUUGUUUUAUAAAUAUUAAAUUUUUAAUAAUCACUUUUAAAUAAUUUACAAAACACAUGUUUCAAUGUCAAAUUAAAAUUUUAAUUAAUUUCUAUAACUGUUGAUGAUAUUUUAGAGAUUUUAUAUUUUAUAAAAAUAAAGUUUUUAAUUUUUAAUUUUAAGACAAUAAAGUGAUGAUAUUAAUUUGAAAAAAAAUUGAAAAAAAUAUAUAUUCUUGAUUGAUCGAUAAUUAAAUUUAAAAAAUGAAAUUAAAAUAAACAAAUUAAAAGUCGCAGAUAUUUUUUAAAUUAGUUAAAUAAUUUACAGUAAGAUUAUAAGAUUAAAUACUAAAAUAGAUAAUUUUUAUGACAUACUUUUAAUUAUCAUAAAUUUUAAUUUCAUUUGAUCUCUUUUUUUUCAAUUACGUCAUAAAGUAAUCCAAAAAGUCGAUAAUGCAAAUUUUUUUUAAAUCAUAUUUUUAGCUAUUAUAUCCACAUAAACUGCAUUGUAUUUUUUUAUGUAACAAGAUAAAUGAUGAUAUACACAAACUAAUACUUUUGCAUAUAAAUAUAAAUAGAUUCUCAUAUUCUUGCUGUCGUUAUAUAUUUUACACAAUCUCCCCACUUUGUUUGAAUCCGUUUUGCUGACCCGCAAUUUUUUACAAGUAACGCAGUCGUCUUUGAAACUGUUCACAACAUACUCCAAUGCAAUCUCAAUAAUUCAAAACCAAAUAAUCAAGUGAUACUUCCAAUAAAUAUAAAUAAUAAUAAUUUUAUUAUUAAAAUUUUUUUAAAAAAAUCAUCAUUUAUUUCAUUAUUUAAAAAUUAUUUAAAAAUUUCAAUUGAAAAGUGAAUUUUCUUAAUUAUUUAAAUAACUAUUGUUUAUAUUUUUAAAAUAAUAUUUUUUCUUUUAUUUUUAUUUAUUCAUGUGACAAUUUUACAGACAUAGAGUCUUGCUAUCAUUGCAGCAUACUUGUUAGAUAACGAUAAAUUCAUUUGUGCCUUUUAAAAAAAAAACUUCAUUAUGAUAAUAAAAAAAAACACAUAAA